AAAGCGUUGGGAUUGUACGACCAGAUUCAGCCUGCUAUACUGGCCAGAAUUGUAGGGCACUAGCUGCAUCUAACUUUUCCUUCCAAUUCCAUCGAAUGGUAGCGGGCGAACUUAUUUUUAAUGAGGUAUUCAUUCAUUCCUAUGCGUGGUAGACUGUUAGGGAGUCCAGCCAUAGCGUUAAAUUUAGCAUCAACAACUUGUUGCCGUGCAUAAUGUAAAUUUGUCUUCAUUUCUUUAACCGGAAGCAGCACUGGGCCACUCCAUAAAUCUGCGAAGGUGGCAAGCUAACACGUGGAGCUCCAUGAGUUGUUUUAUAGAAAAAACAGCCAAAUUGCUAAAAUAAAUUUGCCUUUUAAAUGUGUUUAAUAAGUAAUAAAAACACAAAAUGGUUUUCCCUAUUCUUUGUAAAAAUUGUGUGACUUAAAUGCUGGUUAUAUCUUUCGGUCACACACACGGAUCGGAUCGAUUUGUGCUCACGAUUGGUUCGGAAGGUCUCGAACUGCUGUUUCGUGUUGGCAAUGUAGAUUUUUUUUAGGUAUUACUUUGUAUUUCCUCUACAUUUCCUAUUCGUCGAAGCCUUUGACUGACAUGCAACUUAAGGUUUCGCGUUUGGAUUCCACCCACACUGUGCAAUAUUGUUUGCUGAGCCUAUUUUGGUGUUUGGCAAUGCCAUUUCCAAACAGGCCCUUGGCUUUUCACGUGUCCCAUAGAGAACGUACCCCUUUAGCAUUCAGCUUAUUUAUUACUGUUGGAUAUUUGGCUCUAGCGUGUUGCCAUCUUAACACCAUCAAAGAACCUAUCCUGACCCAUUGACUACAGAGGAACUUUUGCUGUGUAGCACCCGUGCAAGCGUUCCUUUUAUAUGAUGUACCGUGCAAUUUUUACUAUGUUUUAUGACAAAUCGAUUAUCAAGUGUUUGUUUCCAUGACUCUCCGUCACCCCUGGAGGUGUGUGUGUAUUUAGGAGUUUUGUGUAAGGUGAUGGGUUUCACGCGAUACGCGGUGAAGUGCCGGUACGUACAUUCUCUGGGCUUUUCUCGUCUGCUGCUCGUUUAUAUCGGUCACAUUCCAGUUUCAGCCGUGGUGCAAGACGUUCUAGUUCCGAAAGAGAAAGUUACCAUUUUGGUUUGCGAAAUUUCCUCGAAUUCUGUGUGAAAACCUUCAGACUAAAACGGAAUUUAAAGGCUUUUGUGGGUUUAGUAAAGUAAUAUUUGUGUCUACUGCAAUCAAGAAUGAGCAACGCAAAGACGGCCCUUGGAAUAUUAGGUGGAGAAGAUGAGUUGUUGCAAAGCUUUGUACGUGUUGGUCUGAAAACGGACACGGACGAUGAUCAGCAGCAAUCGAAUGUAACAUUCUCGGGUGGAGCGGGUGGUGGUGGAAGUGGCGCUGGUGCUGGCGGCACUGGUGCCAGUGGCCCACAGACGACCACCAUCCAGCAUCAGGCUAGCCAGGGCAAGCUGGAUACGCAUCUGAUUCGCCAAUUUUCCGAUCAUUGUUCGGAUAUGAGCGAUAAAAAUGCACCCAGAAAGUAUCGAGAUUUGUUCAACGAGCCAGUAGAUGUGAAGAAACGACGAUAUUUUGAUGAAGUGUACACCGACAAAGAUCGUGCGGCUGCCGUUAGUAUAGGAAACUUUGAUAUCAAGCAAAACCUCAUCAACAAACGACGCCAGGAACGUAACGAAGCGUUACAAACCGAGGAAGCCGAACCGGGUGCCAUUUUGGCACUGGGGAUGCGUGAGAUUAAGAAUGGAAAUUUGGACAAUGCCGUUCUCUUUAUUUCUAAGGCUUUGGAAAUGAACAACAAUGAUCAAAACGCCUUGGUUGCUAGAAGCCGAUGUUUCCUCCAGCUUGGCGAACCGGCCAAAGCUUUACAGGAUGCAGAAACAGCUCUCGUGCUAGACAAGAACAACAUUCGGGCGAUCUACCAGAAGGCGGAAGCUCUCUACUACUUGGGCCAGUUUGAGCAUAGUUUGAUGUUUUUUCAUCGUGGCUUGCGUUUGCGUCCGGAGCUGGCUAGUUUCAGGCUUGGUGUGCAGAAAACUCAGGAAGCGAUCGAAAAUACGAUCGGUAACAACACCAAGAACCAGCCGCAGAAGAAACCGGCCAAGGUGGAGAAACCCAAGACUGCUAAACGGUAUCAACUAUCGCGGGAUGAGCUGGAAAAGCGUGCUUCCCGACGGCUGCUGGGUGAUUUGUACAUCGACAAGGAAUAUCUGGAGAACCUGAUCAAGCAUCCCGAUCUGCGCAAAGCAGACACAAACACGGAGGGCGUUUCAGAAUACGCGAAGGAUGCGAUAAACUUCCUAAACAAUAGGCAGGAGUUUUGGCGUCAACAAAAGCCUUGCACGAGCUUGAAUGCAAAAAAAAUUAACGGUGCAAACGGUAUGCUUCCGCGUUGGUUGUAAGAUUUGAUAAUGCGUUGUGGAAUCGGCCUUUCCGAUGUGGAAAACCGAAGAGCAAUGCGGGGAGUAAACGUAACGAGACGAACCGUACACAUGAAGGUUUAUUCCGUUCGAUUAUACUGUUUCACGUAAGAAUUUAUUAUGUUGCACUACUUGCUAGGGGUACUUACCGCUUGUAAACACUUUGUGAUAAGCACAUAGCACAAUAAACGUUCAUAAAACGAGUUCACGCCAAACAA